AUGGCUGCUGGACAAACAUACCCCUGGGUGAAACUCCCUCACCCUUACCUUACCACCUACAAAAUCCACAUCGUCUCCGAGUCCACCCCCCGCGUACUCCAACUCCGUCUGCACGAUUCCCAGGUCCCCGGACAGGCGCUCCCAGAACCGCUCCACAACGACUCAUUGACCUACACAGACAUCGCCUUCGAGGAGUCUGCGAAGGAUAUUCCAGACAACGACAACAGCCCUUGGGCACGCAGCCAACGCGCCCCGGGAACUACACUCCAAUGGACCGGCUCAGAAACACCUUCGUUCGCACAGAUCUGGAACGUUAUCCAUGCGAUCUUCCUCACACACCCCCAGCGCGAGGUUCUCCGCCUGGACAUCAAGGGCGCCGGCAGUGAGGUCGUCCGCGAGGAAUGUAUCCGCACGGGACUAGCUGUCCCAUAUCCUUCCCCACGAGUUCCGUUCGGCAACGAGAGCAAGCCUUCGGGUGUCGACACGCUCGUCCUGCUGCGCUCAUCAUUCUGGCAGGGCGCUGGCUCACCUCUUGGCCCACGGCCCAUCUGGAUGGUCGACCAAGGGACACACGGCUCAUCUCGCAAGUCCAUCAGCCAAUAUCCCGCUAUGCCCAAGAACUAUGAGUUUUCGAUGAAAUUUCCCCAAGAACGAAUCUACGCGCGCCACCCCGUUCGUCCUGCGAAGCCUACUCCGGGCUCGCUUGUCUACAGUCGCUACAUUCCGCAUUUGGACAAGCACUUUUCGCUCAUGGUUGUUGACUGGCAGAACGAUGAGCACCUUAGGCGAUUCAACCGAUGGCAAAACGACCCGCGCGUUGCUAAGGGCUGGAACGAGACCGGCACCCUUGACGAGCACCGCGAGUAUCUGCGUCGCCUCCACGAAGACAAGCACGUCCUGUGCUUGUUUGGUCGAUUCGACGACUUCGCGUUCGCCUACUACGAAAUCUACUGGGCCAAGGAAGACCACUAUGGCGCACACUACGACGCCGGUGACUACGACCGCGGCCGACACUCCCUCGUCGGUGAAGAAAGCAUCCGUGGCGCCGAGCGCGUCAACGCCUGGUGGUCCAGCUGCAUCCACUACUGCUUCCUCGAUGAGCCGCGAACGCAGUGCGUUGUCGGCGAACCCAAGGCGACCGGUGGCACCGUCCUGUCAUACGAGAACGCGCAGGGACUCACAAUUCAGAGCUACGUGGAUCUCGGCCACAAGCGCUCCGUCCAUGUCUUUUGCAGUCGUGAAAAGUGGUUCCAGCUCUCGCCGCUAUUCUGGGAUGGGCGCGAGAGGCCGCUCGAGAGUUCGGAUCGCGCCGCGUGGAAUGCGAAGCUGUAA